AUGCCAGACGAAAAACAGGAGCAACGGGAGCAGGACAAAGGAAAGGCUUCGGCAGUAGCCAGCACCUCGAACGCCAGCAAGAAUCAGACUGCGGAUCACAGGAGAAUCCCGGUAUUGAAGCCCUUGGAACUCUUUAUGGCGUUUACAAUUGGCAAAAAACUCUCGGUCUCCGAUCCUGCGAAUAAUGCGCCGCAAAAGCAGCCAUCUUCCGAGUCGCUUCUAUCCCUGGCCGCGUUUUUGUCCACCACCGAGCCGCCUGCCCUCAAGCCCAUGGUGCCAUUGGUCACAGCAUCAGCCGUUAGGACUUCAUUCCUCCCUCCUCUGGACCUUGGUGGGACGGAAAUCGAGAUUUCUCCUGCCCCUGCUAUUCCGAAAUUUUGGUUGGAAGCAUCAAAUAGUCGGGUUGUCGGCUCAACGCGCAACCAAGACACCAACGACAACACCGAGGAUCCCGAUGAUGUUAUCCCGCCCCCAUUGCCACUGCGCCCAAAGGCGAAGGCAAACAGGACGUCGCUUUUUGUUGGUUUGAAGAGGGGGUCUAUGGCGAUCAUUUUGAAGUAA